AUGACAUCACCAAUUGUCACGAACGCUUCAGUUAGUCAAGUGGAAAGUGGCGUACCGGAAGUGCGCAUUGAAAACCCGGAAGGUUCAGAUUCUUCAGAUGCUUUACGAAGAGGAGGAAGAGAUCCUCAAAGGGAAAUUGGUGCUCAGAUUCUGGCCGAAGUGCAAGAAAACCUAAAAUAUGAGGCAGCCCAAACUAUUAAAUUAUUUGUUCCUGUAUCACUUUGUAUGUUGCUUGUUGUAGCAACGAUCAGUUCUGCAACAUUAUAUACCACCGAAAAAGUAGAUUUGUAAGUCUUCUCUCGAUUCUUAGAAAAAAGUAGAGACACAAGCACCAAAAUUUGGCAGGCAGUAACCAGUUCUCUAAUCCUGAUGACGGUUCUCGUGUGUUCGACUGUAUUAUUUACCCGCCUGUUUAAAUGCGGAUGUUAUAAAGUUAUACACGCUUGGAUGAUCCUCGGUUAUUUAAUGACCAUUUUUUACUUCUCGGUCAGCUACUGCGAGGAAGUGCUAAAGGCCUAUAAUAUUCCAAUGGAUAUAGUUACGAUCUCUAUAGUAGUAUGGAAUUUUGGUGUAGUCGGAAUGAUCUGCGUUUAUGCACAAGGGCCUUUGAAAUUACAACAGGCGUACCUCAUUUCCAUACCUGCGCUCGUGGCUCUUUUUUUCAUCAAAAAUUUGCCGGAAUGGACUUUUUGGGUCUUUCUUGCAUUUCUUAUCAUUUGGGAUUUAAUUGCCGUCUUGAUGCCUAAAGGACCGCUGAGAAUGUUAGUGGAAACCGCACAGGAACGAAACGAGUCACUUUUUCCCGCCAUGAUCUAUUCCUCAACAGGAGGAGGCGAUAUUGCUUUAUCUCCUGCCCAAGAACAAGUGCAUCAAAAUAAUCCCCAUAUUCUUGAUACUGAAGAUGAUGGUUUCACGAGAGGUUGGGUCGAAACACAUGCGGCUUCCAAUGCAGAAAUAGAAGUACAAUUAGGCCUGGGAGAUUUUAUAUUCUACAGUUGUUUAGUUGGUAAAGCAUCCAGUUAUGGAGACUGGAAUACAACUGUAGCUUGUUUCGUCGCCAUCCUCAUCGGAUUGUGUUCGACGCUUCUACUAUAUCCAAUAUUCAAGCAAGCUCUACCAGCUUUACCGAUUUCACUUGCAUUUGGUUUGGUGUUCUACUUCAUCACACAAGUUAUAGUUGCUCCCUAUUCAAAUACUUUAGCCAGUGAACAAGUGUUCAUUUAGUUCUAUCGUCGCAACUGUAAAAAUCGUGCGCAUCAAGAUAGGAUUGAAUUUGUUCCGGAUUUUACUGUAUUUCUGUGGCAAAAAAAC